AUGGAGCGCCUUCGAAACCAAGUGGAUACGUCCCUGACACGAACUGUUGCCCGAUCCGUGGUUGUGGGCAAUAUUCUCACUGUGCUUCUGCUGGGUGUGCUGUACGCCAACUAUCGCAUCUUCGAGGCCUACAUUUCAAGUUUUCUUUUGGCGCUGCUUGCUGCGGAGGCGCUAGCUGAGAGCCGCGAUCGACUCGUUCGCUGGCUCUCGACCUCUGAAUCAGAAGCUGAAGGAAACGAUGUGCAAAGGCCGCGGCGUUUGUGGCACUUCCUCCUCAACCAACUUGGCAAGUUGCAGCAGGCCGUUCGCGGAAAGCACUGGUUUGUCUGGUUGCUCAGCGGCACGGCGUUGUUGUUGCUCACGGUACGUGUCCAGCACGGAGGUUUUCUGGUGUUCAUCUGCCUUGCGGUGCUGGGAGGCUCCGCGCUGUGCACUUUGGCUGCUGCACGGUUUCUAGUUCGGCUCCGUUGGAUACAUGCACGGACUGCUGCAGCAACGUUACUGCUCGCCGCAGUGGUAUCUCUCGUGUGCAUUUUCGUGCUCAUUUUCGUGACAGGUGUCGUCCAGGAUCUCGUUGGCGCUGCUAGAGCGUUGGCGCGACUCGCCCAGGACGCAGCUACCUGGAAUCGCAUCGAUCCGCAGGGUAUCUUGGCGAAAGGCCUCGAGCAGCUCCAGACAUUCCUUGCCGCCCAUGUGGAGGUGGCGGAGCGCUUCGCUUUGCGCUUUCGUGAUGUACUCAAGGAUCUGGGAUUCGAUAUGGAGAAUACGGAGCGCUGGUGGGUCAAAAGCAGUGACCCGUCCUGGUGGCGGGACUUUCUCACGGGGGACUUGCACGCAAACGCAAUGCUGCGGGAAACGACAUCUCUGAGGGUGCCCAGCUGGCAGCAAGCACGCACUGUGGCCAAAAGGCUCUGGGAAGGUGCUCGGAAGAACGUCACACCUGGAUCAAUCGCACGACUUGGCAAGCAUAUUCGUUUGCACGCAAGUUCGGAACAGAUUUACACUGGAGCCCGUCUCGUCAUGAUCCCGGUCAUGCGACUAGCGCAGGCCUUUGGAAUUUUGCUGACGUACAGCGACGGCACUGCAGCUUUUCUUGCUAUGUUUUUCUUCCUGCUCCGACAACCCGGUUCAGUUGUACAUGCACUGGUCCAAUGGAUCCCGUUCCAGAACACAGAGCGCAACCGGAAAUUGGAGCAAACGCUGCGUACGGACCUGCAUCGCUUCGUGUGGAGUGCGCUGAGUCAACUGUAUCUGCAAUCGCUUUUUGCAUGGUGCGUCUUCGUGACGUUCGGGUUGGAGCUAGAAUUCCUGGUAGCGCUCUGCGUUGGUGUAUCCGUGCUCAUACCCGUACUGCCCGGGCCGCUUCUCUGGACGACACUGCUUGGCUUGCCCCAGGUGAUGAUGCGCACGUCUCUGGGUAGACUUUGGCGUUCGCAUGCCGCCUUAGCCUUUGUCUGCAUCAAUCUGGUUGGGCAGAAAGUCUUGGUGCGUUUCUCGCGAAAUGCUGACGACGAAGACGCAGAGCAGGUGCAGCAACGUGCGGACGGUACCCUGACGCCCACGAACGGCCUGCUCACAUUAUCCGCUCUGUUGGGAUGGCGGAUCCUAGGUGGACUGCGCGGUGCACUGAUCGCAAGUUGCUGCAUCUUCCUGACAUCGCUGCUCGUGCAAUGUCUUGUAGAUGAUUCCUCCACCAGGGGAUCUGAAAAUAAGAUACCUCACCAAAGCGGAGGUGCGGCGUAG